UUUUGAAAAUAUCUGUAAUAACUACUUUAUUAAACCAGCCAUUGUGCUUCCACUGCAAGGAAAACAAAGUGAAUUUAUAUGCUGUGAUGUUCCCUACCGCCGUCUAGUGGUGGGGGUCUGAAGUGCACUUGUAUCUCAAUGCCGGGUUUUACAGGAUCUCCAAGUGAAAUGAUUGCCUCUUUUCUUCAAUUUUUCCUAUAAUAGUGAAAUGAAACGUUCCAUUUAGAUGACCGGGCAACAGACCACACUCAGGCUGAUGCUUCCUUGUAUUAUUUCAUCCUCUCAUCAUCAUCAUCAUCAUCCCUCCCUCUCGCUCUGUCCAAUUGGUCUUAUUUGCUCUCCUCUUGUGCUCACAUCACUAAAAGUGGCGAGCGCAAACAGCAACAGGAAACGUCUGCCCUUAAUUGGUGUUGGAGUGGAAAAGGUUGUGCUGGUUGGCGCCCAUGAGGCGCUACAAAACCGAAGGGCUAAAAUGGAGGAACUGGAGAAUCCUUCUUUAGUGCUCACCCAAGUCAAAGAAAACACGUCUGCUUCAACGGUCAACAGGUCCUGCGAGAACCUGGAAUUCUACAUGGUCCUAAUCGCGGCAGAGAAGACGGCCAUCGGCUCCAUCUGUUUCCUAGCCGGGCCCAUCACGCUGCUGGAGAACGCCGUCAUCCUUGGAUUGAUCGCCGCCACGAGCUCGCUGCGCCAGCGUCCCUCCUACAUCUUCAUCGGCAAUCUGGCGCUGGCCGACGUCUUUGCCAGCUGCUUCUUCACCACCAGCUUCCUGGACUUCCACCUGUUCCGCCGCUGCGACGGCCCUACCGCUUACCUCUUCAAGCUGGGCGGAGUCACCAUGGCCUUCACCAACUCGGUGGGCAGCCUGCUGCUGACCGCCCUGGACCGCUACCUAUGCAUCCACCGGCCGGCCGGCUACAAGGCACUGCUGACUCACCGUCGAGCUCUACUGGGGUUACUCGCCCUCUGGAGCGCCACUAUCUUCAUCUCGACGCUGCUGUUGAUGGGCUGGACGUGCCCCACUGGAUUGGCAUCGCCGUGCUCCCACCUCUUCCCCUACAUCAGUCGGGGCUACCUGGCCUGCUGGACCAGCUUCAUCCUGGUCCUCCUGGUGCUCAUCCUGGGUGCUUACGUCCUGAUCCUGUGGAAAGCCCACCGCCACGAGGCCUCCUUAAGCAACCUCCAGGGGGCGGUGGGGGCAGGCCACGCCCGCAUGAGGAUGGAUAUCCGGCUGGCGCGCACCUUCGGCCUGAUCCUGCUCACCCUGGUGGGCUGCUGGCUCCCAGCGCUCUCCUUCAUGCUGGCCGACGUGGCUGUGGAACUGAGCCGCACCCAGCAGCGGGCCUUCGCCUUCUGCAGCACCCUGUGUCUCCUCAACUCGGCCGUCAACCCCCUACUCUAUGCCCUGCGCUGCCGGGAGCUCAGACUGGCCCUGCUGCACCAAGUUAAGGUCCUCAGCCAGGCCGCUCCGUGUAAGAAGGCCACUGCGGGGGAUUCAGACCAAAGAGCACCAUCAAUGGAGAACUGUACCACACAGGAACUACCCGGAAGCUCUCAAUUUUGCUCAGUAUUGGAACUAACAGACAGGCAGUAGCAACUGGAUAUUAGGACACUAAAACGCAGGGCUCGGUAGUAGUUCUCAAGGAAUAAAAAAAAAAGAGAUCCAAAGUCAAACGCUGCUUGCGGCGUAAGGGUCACAAUCUUAAGUGGCUAACGUUAGCUUAAGCUGAACUAAUGAAUUUAGAAAUGUGAGGGGGGGAAAAAAAAAAUCCAGCUUCAUACUGAGAGAAACAGAGUAGAUUCUCAGGUAGUUCAGUGUCUUCUGGCUCACAAUGAGAUUUUGGUGGUGCCGAAAUGGAGCAGAUUGAACCCCAGCGAGUUUCACUGUGAUUAAGUGUUAUAUUGUCAUGUAUGACUUUGUAAUUGUCGUGGAGUACAAUGUUUUGUUUUCUAGGUAUGUGAUGACAUGAGGAUAUGCUUGUGUGUGUGAUGUAUGGCCCUAUAAGAGCUUGGGGGUGUGGUGUGUGUAUUUUAGGCAGGGGCAGUUACACUAACUGCAAGUGAAGGCCACAAAGGCUCCUAUGCAGAGGGGGAUUUAAAUGGGGCACAUGCCAGAAGAAAAGACUGCUGGGGGUGGAGGGUGGGGGCAAUACACCACUAGAGCAUUCUUUUGUUUUGAAUAAAGGGGGGGGGGGGCUACUGCUAAACGCUCCCAUUGACACUGAUGUGGGAAGCACCAUAAAUUACUGGAUUUAACCCCCUCGCAUCUAAUCAUUAAAACUAUACUGCUGUUUGAUUUAAAAUAUCGAAACGGUCUCGCCGGACGGACCUUAGCUUCUGCUGCUUCAUCACUCCUGCCCAGAAGCUCAGAGGGAAGAUGGCUUUUUUGGGUCACUGGUCACAUUAGACAAAAACCCUCGCUGUGUGUUUUUUUUUUUUUUGAACCCGUCCAUUUUCAUUUGAUGACUCAACAUAGCAUGAGAAUAUUUUAGUGUCACGUUGGCUGUUUUUAUUGUAUUGAUUAUUCUUGUGUUUAGAUGUUUAUGUACAACACUUUCAGGGCGAUGAUUUUAAGGUGCUCAAUAAAUCAAAUUGAGGAUAAUAUUGAGAAUUAAAAAAAAUAAACCAUUGUGUUCAUAACCAUUCCUCUCCCUUCUCUACACAAAUUUAGUCCAUGUACUUGCUAGCGAUUAACAGGUGAAAUGGUUGUUUUCGCAAGUCAUAUCCACGGUGAAAUGACGUUGGCGAGCUUGUUAGAGGGUGCUGACUUAAAAGGCGUCAUUUUGACUAACCCUAAGGUGAAAAAUACACAAUUAGACGAUGGCUCAAAGAAUUAAGU